UGCUCUUCAGCACCUGACUGGCACAGUUUGACAGUGUAGUGUUCCGCCGGAUAGAGUGAUAUGGAAGUCAUGUAUAUGGUUAGGUCUGGGCGAUAUACUCGCCUAAAUGUGUAUUUACUAAUACUGAGUGUCCUCCAGCUUAACCUGCACACAGUGGAGGGAGUAUGGCCAUUACCGCAGGCUUUCACCUCCUCAACGGAGCGGUACCCGCUGAACCCGCAGGCUUUCUACUUUGGUUACGGAAGACAAUCAGCCGCACAGCAGGGUUGUUCUGUUCUGGAUUCUGCAUUUAGGAGAUAUUUCUCUCUUAUUUUUCCAGACUACACUGAUGGACGUCUGCAUUUCAGUCAGUAUAAACCAUUUACUGUCGAGGUCAGUAUUGACCACGAUGAUUGUGAGGGUUACCCAAAUGAGGACUCUUCCGAGAGAUACAAUCUGAGUGUCUCUGCAGGACAAGCAUCUCUGAAGGCAGAAACCGUGUGGGGUGCUUUAAGAGGUCUGGAAACCUUCAGUCAGCUGGUCUAUCAAAAUGAUUUUGGCUCUUAUUUUAUCAACAAGACUGAGAUUGAAGACUUCCCCCGGUUUCAGUUCAGAGGGAUUUUGUUGGACACGUCACGUCAUUAUUUACCCGUGCAGGCCAUUUUAAAAACUCUGGAUGCAAUGGCCUACAGUAAGUUCAAUGUGUUUCACUGGCACAUUGUUGAUGACCCCUCCUUCCCUUAUCAGAGCAGCAGCUUUCCAGAUCUUUCCAGUAAGGGGGCUUUCCAUCCGAUGACUCACAUCUACACACAGUCCGAUGUAAGAAGGGUGAUCUCACAUGCCAGGCUGUGGGGAAUUAGAGUCCUUCCUGAGUUUGAUUCACCCGGCCACACUACAUCUUGGGGAAAAGGGCAACCUGGCCUGUUGACUCCCUGCUACAAUGGGGGCACCCCUUCAGGUACUUUUGGUCCUGUUAAUCCAGCUUUGCCCUCCACCUACCAGUUCAUGGCGAGACUAUUUAAGGAAGUGUCAUCAGUGUUUCCUGAUUCUUACAUCCACUUAGGAGGGGAUGAGGUUGACUUUUCCUGCUGGAAAUCCAACCCUGAUGUCCGAGCAUUCAUGCAGAAGAUGGGAUUUGGCUCAGACUUCACCAAACUGGAAGCAUUCUACAUGGAGAACAUUGUGAAUAUCACGUCAGCUCUCAACAAGACCUCUAUCGUGUGGCAGGAUGUGUUUGACUACCAUGAACGAAUUCCUAAGGACACAGUGCUGCACAUCUGGAAGGGCAUCCCAGCUAAGUAUCAGGAAGAGCUCAGCAGGAUCACCAAAGCUGGCAUGAGGGUCCUGCUGGCCGCCCCGUGGUACAUCAACCACAUUUCCUAUGGCCAGGACUGGCGCAACUACUACACUGUACAGCCACAGAACUUUUCUGGUACUGAGGAACAGAAGAAGCUGGUGAUAGGGGGUGAGGUCUGCAUGUGGGGAGAAUAUGUUGAUGCCACCAAUCUCUCUCCACGUCUUUGGCCAAGGGCAAGCGCUGCAGCAGAGAGACUGUGGAGUGAUGAGAAGCAGACCUCCAAUGUGGACAAGGCGUUUCCUCGUUUGCAGGACUUUCGCUGCAAGCUCCUGAGGCGUGGCAUCCAAGCAGAGCCUCUGUAUGUUGGACACUGCAAACAUGAGUACCAAGGUGUUUGAUGAUGUUGGAUGGAUUAACAUUGGAAGAUUUUUUUCUGGAGAAUAUUUUAACUAAGUUCAUAGUUGCCUUCUUAGCUGAUUUUGGAUCUUGCGUGGGACAUUUAAAGUGGAGCAAAAUCUAAAAAAAUAAAUAAAAAUACAGCCUGAAAGGUUAUAUAAAAUUCAUGUACCACUAGAUGUCGCAGUAGAGCACCAGCAUCUCUGAGCAAAACAAUGGGCACCAUGGCCGACCAAACUCCUUUGACAGAACCACAAAUUUUGCCUUGCAGGUAAUCAUAAAACACACUGGACAGCCACUUACCAAAACCGUCUUUCAACAGUCUUUCAACACUGGAUUGGAUUAAAUAAAGCCUAAAUUAGUUAGAUGAAAAUAAACAAACGAGCUGCUAUGGCUGCCAUGUAAUGUUGGCGAAUCCUCGUCCCGUCUCCUUUUUAUCUCCAUACAUACAACACACCAUAGAAACUGUUUUGUACUCAAAUAGAUUAAAUAUUAAGUGGUUUCAGGGGACUUUUACUCAUAUUACUUUAGAUGUUGCCAUACCUGUGUCUGCACCUCAGAUUGUUUUUCCAAGUGUCUGACACCAACAUGGAAAGGAUCUUUGAAGAGAAAGCUCUUUUGUUUAACAGUGCAAUGCAGUACCAUGCACACACGGCUAGACCGGAUUUGUAAACAAAGCACAGACGGGCUGGGAUAGGAACACAGGCAAAGGGAGUGUGAGUGUGUGUUCUCUGCUCAGGAUACCAUGACUCCACUACGUACAUUAUACUUUCUCAGGGAGUUAUCUCAUUACCUGUAUGCUGCACUAUAUUGCCAUGUUGAUGCAAGUUAAAUGCAAAAUAUAGAUGUAGAUUUUCAAUUUAAAUCUUAACUCUGCCAGUAUACCAGUAGCUAGUAGUCUUGCCUUGAAAUGUAAUAAAACAAUGUUGUUGUGCA